GAACCCAUCUCUCAUGAGAACGACUUCUGGAAAGAUCAGUGAACACGUUUAAGAAUAGAAUUUCCUCCAAAAUUAAUCCUAUUCAGCUUGCAACCCCAUUUGCAAAACCUCCAGUAAUUAUUGUGCCUUAUGAGUAUAAAUAUUAGUAAUGUUACCAAGCAUUUGAUGGUAACGAAGGACUACAUUAGGUCAGGGGAUUAGCAGCAAGGAGACGAUGAAGCCCCUGGAGGGGCGAGUAGCCAUCGUAACAGGCGCUUCUCGUGGCAUUGGAUCUGAAAUAGCUCAUCGUCUGGGUGCACUCGGGGCUAAAAUCAUAAUCAACUUUGUCCGAAAUAAAGAUCAAGCAGAAGGAGUGGCUUCCGCCAUUAACACAGCUCAAGGUCACGGCACGGCCAUGGCAGUACAGGCAGACGUCUCCCAGCAACUAGAGGUUAUCCAGCUAUUCGACAAGGCGCAGGAGAUCUUCGGCCGUGUUCACAUUUUGGUAAACAACGCAGGCAUAAUCGAUUCAUCCUGCUCUUCCAUAGCUGAAUGCUCCCUUCAACAAUGGGAAACGGCUUUCAAUGUGAACUGCAAAGGCCCCUUUUUGAUGUGCAAGGAGGCCGCCAAGCGGCUCGUGAGAGGUGGAGGCGGCCGAAUUAUAAACAUUUCUGGAACCCUAGUGGCCACUCUUGUUCCAGGUUUUGGGGUUUACGCGGCUAGCAAGGCUGCGAUGGAGACAUUUACUCAGAUCCUGGCCAGGGAGCUCAGGGGAACCGCAAUUACUGCUAAUUGUGUAGCCCCCGGUCCUAUUGCCACCGACAUGUUUUACAGUGUGAGGAGCGAUGAGUCUGUGAAGACUAUUGCGGCGGCGCCUCCGCUGGAAAGGCUUGGAGAGUGUAAGGAUGUGGCUUCUGUAAUCGGCUUCUUGGCUUUCGAUGAGGGCGAGUGGAUUAACGGCCAAAUCCUCAGGGUUAAUGGCGGCCUUGCUUGAGAUUUCAAACAUCUGGAUGACUUCCAAUUUUCUUUUUUCUUUUAAUUUAAAAUGUAAAUCACGAUUUGAAACCCUAACGAUUUCGCUUUCAUUUUUUCCCGCCA